AGACGGAAGGAAUCUCGUUUAGGAUUCAGACCAGUGCAAAAGGACCUUUGGGCGCAGAUAUAUUGUUGAAGCUGUUGUUUCAUUUGCCGAUUGGUUACCCAUCAAGCCUGCCGAAUAUCUCUGUUAGCUCUGAGCAGCUUACAAGGACGCAGUGUGCGGCCGUGAAAGGGAGAUUACUUGAGGAAGCAGAGAGGCAUUUUUCACAGCCCAUGGUACACGAGCUGAUUCUCUGGAUACAGCAGAAUCUUAAGCAUGCUGUCGAGCGAGCUGAAGCUUCAGUCUGCAGCGGAGAAAGUACUCUAUCAACAGACGGACCUGAGGAGGAUGGUGUCUGGAUUGCCCUUCUGCAUUUAGAUCAUAUGAGAGCAAAGGGAAAAUAUGUCAAAACAAUAGAAAAAUGGUGUGCAGAUCUAAAGCUGACUGGAAGACUGAUGUUCAUGGGCAAGAUGAUUCUGAUUCUUCUUCAAGGAGACAGAAGGAGCAUUAAG